GGGGGGGGCGAUUCUGCCGGGAACGCACGAGGAGAAACUCCCGCCGCUCCGAAUUCGUCCCGCCGUGAUGAGCCGCGCGGAGCUGCUGUCAGGAUGGCCCGAGAGCACGCGGUCAGGUGUCUGCGCUACCUGCUGCACGCGCUCAACCUGCUGUUCUUGCUGAUGGCGGUGUGCGUGCUGGGCGUGGCCGCGUGGAUCAGAGACUCCCUGAACUCCAUCCUGACCCUGGCAGCCCACACCAGGCUGGAGGAGGCCGCCGUCCUCACCUACUCCCCCGCCGUCCACCCCGUCAUCAUCGCUGCUUCCUGCUUCCUCAUCCUGGUGGCCAUGGUGGGUUACUGCGGCACUCUGAGAUGCAACCUGCUGCUGCUGUCCUGGUACUUCUGCAGCCUCCUGGUGAUCUUCUGUGUGGAGCUGGCCUGCGCGGUGUGGACCUACGAGGAGCCCUCAGUGCAGCGCUCUGACAUGAUCAGCCUGAAGCCCCGCCUUCAUAACUUUGGCCUGCAGCAUCAUCAGUGGCUGACGCACACCUGGAAUCACUUCCAGACAGAGUUCCAGUGUUGUGGGGUGAUCUACUUCACCGAUUGGCUGGAGCUGACAGAGAUGGAGUGGCCUCCGGACUCCUGCUGCACCAAUCAGUAUCCAGGGUGCGCUCGCCACGCCUACUUCCACGACCUCAGCGACCUUUACCAAGAGGGCUGCGGUCCAAAGAUCUACAGUUUCAUCCGCGGGACUCAGCAGCUGCAGAUCCUGCGCUUCCUGGGCGUGUCCCUGGGCGUGGCUCAGAUCCUGGCCAUGGCUCUGACCGUCACGCUGCUGUGGGCGCUCUACUUUGGACAGAGGUCUGCCAAGCAGGACUCACAGACACCCCCUGCUGGUCUGGAGGAUCCUGGACCCUCAGAUGGUCUGAUCUCAGUCUGAAGAUUCAGAACCAGAGGAAGCUCUUCUCCGUUUCACACCAACACUCGGUUCUGGUUGGUCUGGACGAUCGUCCAGAAAAUCUCCUUCAUGGAAUCAUAACCGGUCUCCUCACAGAACUCCUGAUCAAACAGGAGUGAGGAGAGAAGAAACAUGGACUAAGACCCGGAUGUGGAAGUCUGACAGAUCUCAGCCUUCAGGAGGACGGAGAUCGUCUUCAGAUGAUCAACCAAACAUGAAAGAAGCAGCUCAGCUUCAGGUGGAUGUGAUCAGUCUGAGUUUUGACAUAAAGCUUCAAAGAGUCCUCUGGAGGAAACAGAAACAGAUCUUCUCCAGCAGAAUAGUUCUCUGUGGAUCUGUGGAUCUCUGUGGAUCUCUCUGGAUCUGUGUGGAUCUGUGUGGAUCUCUGUGGAACUCGAACAUAAAAGGAGGAAAUGUAGAGCAUCAGCUGCUUCUUCUCAUUGAAGUUUGUAAAAUAAGCGAUUACAUUCAGUCAGAGUCAAUCUGAUGUGCAUUUUUCAGUUUGAUGAAUCGCAUUAAAAGAACCUGAGACCUGGUUUCUGGUUUAUCAUUCUG